CACAGCCCGCAUCUGAAACCACACCGACACGAGGGCCCGAAAAUAACUUGACGCCUCCCCCACGAAUCGCUCCUCUUCCUCCUCCUCUCCUGACGCCACGCCCGCCCAGGCGCCCACUCCUCUCCCUCCCCGCCUUCCGAGGCCUGCGCGCGGCAGCACCAGCACGGCCGAGAUCCACCGGCCGGCACACUCCCGUCGCUCCAGCCAGCCCAGCCUCCGCCGUGCCCUUUCUGGCCGGUCCCGCUGCCGAUUCGGCGCGCCCAUUGCACGCGCGGGCAGCGCAUAUAUACACACACAGAGCGCCCGCCCGAGCUCGCCGCUGUCCUCGCGUUGAGUGGAGGCCACGCGAUUCUUUCGAGUCCUUGCCGUGCUCGAGCCCCAGAUGCUGCUUGUUACAUAGGGCCGUUCCGUCGUUGUGCGUUCGCCGGUCCCGAGUACAAAUGGCAAUGGGCCUUAAGGCGGCGGCCGCGGGCGUCGGCGGCGGGGCGGACAAGCCCCUCCGGUUCCCGUCGGUGGCCGCGGUGGCGCGGUCGCGCAUGCAGCUGUGGAUGCUGCGCGCCACCACGACGGUGUUGUUGUGGACCUGCCUCGUCCAGCUCACGGCCGUCGGGGAGACGUGGGGCCCGCGCGUCCUGAGGGGUUGGCCGUCGUGCCGGAUGAUGGCGCCGGAGGCCGCCGCCGCCGCCGCGCGGCUCGCGAUGCCGGAGCCCGUCGCGGAGAAGCCCGCGUUGCCGCCGCAGAGAGUUUAUAGGAACAAUGGUUAUUUGAUGGUUUCGUGCAAUGGUGGACUUAACCAAAUGCGAGCAGCUAUAUGUGAUAUGGUUGCCAUUGCAAGAUAUUUGAAUGUGACUCUAAUAGUUCCCGAGUUGGAUAAGACAUCAUUUUGGAAUGACCCAAGGUGCACUUGUUGUUUCCAUAUAACUUUGCUUUUCCCAGUUCCUUUCUACCACGUAGUUAUGCAAAUAACCUUUUGCUUUGCCUUUAGUGAGUUUCAGGAUAUUUUUGAUGUUGAACAUUUUAUUACUUCUCUAAGAGGUGAGGUUCGUAUACUUAGAGAACUGCCACCAAGAAUGAAGCAAAGAGUGGAAAUGGGAAUGUUUCACUCAAUGCCACCUAUUAGUUGGUCUCAUAUCUCCUAUUACCAUAAUCAGAUACUUCCUUUGAUUCAGAAGCACAAGGUUCUCCAUCUGAAUAGAACUGAUGCUAGGCUUGCAAAUAAUGGUCUGCCCCUUGAUAUCCAGAAGUUGCGCUGCCAAGUUAAUUACGCUUCACUGAAAUUUACAUCCCAAAUUGAAGAGUUGGGCAGGCGAGUGAUUAGAAUUCUCCGCAAAAAUGGCCCUUUUUUGGUUCUUCAUUUACGAUAUGAAAUGGACAUGCUGGCCUUUUCUGGCUGUACUGAAGGUUGCACGCGUGAAGAGUCAGAUGAGCUCACAAGAAUGAGAUAUGCAUACCCAUGGUGGAAAGAGAAAGUAAUUAACUCUUAUGUGAAAAGGAAAGAUGGUCUUUGCCCUUUAACGCCAGAGGAGAUUGCUCUUGUCCUCAGAGCAUUGGGGAUUGACCGAAGUAUGCAAAUAUAUAUUGCGGCUGGAGAAAUAUAUGGUGGAAAACGCAGAAUGUCUUCUCUUACUUCAGAGUAUCCCAACGUGGUGAGAAAGGAGACUCUCUUGGAACCAUCUGAUCUCAAGUUUUUUCAGAAUCAUUCAUCACAGAUGGCAGCACUGGAUUACUUAGUUUCACUGGAAAGUGACAUAUUUGUCCCAACAUAUGAUGGUAACAUGGCUAAAGUUGUCGAGGGACACCGCAGGAUCAUGGGUUUCAAGAACACAAUCUUAUUGGACAGGAAACUUAUUGUUGAUUUAGUCGAUAGGUAUAAUAGCGGUUCUUUGCCGUGGGAUGAGUUCUCUAAACAAAUCAAGUCUGUCCAUGCAAACCGGAUGGGUUCAGCUUCGAGAAGGACAGUGAUUCCUGACAAACCCAAGGAAGAGGACUACUUCUAUGCAAACCCUCAAGAGUGCUUGCGAGAUCCCAAUCUUCUACGGGCAUGGUGAUCUAUUUUUUUGCCUACACUGUAAUACUGGGUACUCAUGCCAUUCUUUCCCAACACGACAUGACUGAACUGGGAUGAGACAUUGUUUCUCCUCAACUGAGUCAAAUGGCACUGCCAAGGCAUCCUGAGGAGUUCAGGUUGGGCCAUAGAGAAGGCUGCUUGAAUGUAGCUGGUAUGUACAAUAGAUGUUAUAGAAUGGGGUCAUGGGGAAGUAGAUUCUGGAAAAGAGCAGAUAUUCUUGUAUAGAUGGUGAGAGCAAGAUGACAAAUUCAUCCAUUCCCACGGGAACACUGUUACGUUUUCGCUUUGUUUAGACCCAAUUGCUCGGGAUUGACAGGGAUUUUAGUCCAGUCUCUGCCCAUCCGAUCAAAUUGUGCCUAAUCCAAUGUAUUCAAAUACGACCGAAUGAAAUUAUGAGAAAGGACAGAGACGUGUUUGCUUUACA